GUCUAUUUGAACGGCAAAAAGCGGGUUAGCAAACAUUCGAGAGGGAAACAAAGAGGAGUCAACAUCUUACUUCUCUUGGACGCGAAACACUGGAAUAAUUUACUUUUUUAAGGGUCAGGAAUUCUUUGACAAUAAUAUAAGGUCCCCGUCAUGUCUCACAAACAGAUCUACUACUCUGAUAAAUAUGACGAUGAAAAAUACGAGUACAGACACGUCAUGCUACCCAAAGACAUUGCAAAGCGUGUACCAAAGACCCAUUUGAUGUCAGAGACCGAGUGGAGGAACCUUGGGGUCCAGCAGAGCCAAGGAUGGGUGCAUUACAUGAUCCACCAGCCAGAGCCGCACAUCUUGCUGUUCCGGCGCCCUCUGACUUGCCAAAAGUCAUAAGGGAGAGAAUCUCUGGGUCCUUUGGAAGAUCAGCCCUGUUUGCCACAGAUCGUCUCAUCAAAACAAGAUCAUGCUGUCAAGAUUACCAAGCUCCUUUGUGGUAGGUGACUUGCGAUUAGGGCUGAUGCCGUUGGACCUGGAGAAGGACUAUCACAUUUAUGAACAGUGGUUGUUGAAUGGAGAACGCAUUGAAGGAAAAGAAAAAGAUCACCCCCCUUCUAUUAGGGAAAAAACUUCUUCAUGUGUUAACAGCGGGACUCCAGAAACCUUCAAAUCAGCUUACAUGGUCUUUUUGACUUUACCUUAUCUGUCCAACUUGCUGAACCCGCUUGGAUAUUCCAGCCUUUUAGAACAUGAAUUGUUAUAAGAUGUGGGAUGUGAAACUUGUUAAAAACUGUUAGUGAUACCAACGGAGUGUAUACUGGGUCGGAACACAAGCCCGACAGGAAAAUGUGAUCUUAAAUUAAGUUUUGACUCGGGUAAACACCAAACUGCGGUUGUAAGUGACAUGUUGCUGCUUGGUUUAAAUGACACUGAAAAUGUGCAUUUAACCAUUUUAUGUCAUAUGCAUGUAAAGCCGCAUCCAUGCGAGUCGUCUAAAAACUUAGUUAUGAUCCCGUUUUCCAUGAGAGCAUAUUAUUAGUUUGGCCUACUUAAAAAAAAAAAAAGAAGAAGAGCUUUGGUACCAUAGAGCUGCUCAGUAUUUGUGUUGUCUGUUCUGAAAUUGUCAACUUUUAAAUCUUAUAAGUGUGGAUUUUUGGAAGUAUUUAGAGUUAACAACUGGACAAAUAAACAGUACCACUUGAUACAUGAAAAUACAUUAAGGGGAAUAGAAAAAAUAAAUGGUGUUUGAUGACUGAAACUUCCCGAAAAUGCUCUUAGAAUACAUCCCGAUCAUUGUAUGACAUGUAAAGCAAGUCACAUUUAUUUCGGAUUGUGGAACUGAAUACUCUCGCAUAAGGCACUUGAUUUUACUGUCAUGCUUGUGUUGAAUGCAUGCACCCACUCUGACAUGUUUGUAAUCCUCCUCCCUUCUUACUACCACACACUGAGCUGCUCUGCUGUCACUGAGGCCUAAACUUUGCCUUAAAAAAACUGUUCUUUGAACAAGUGCCUUUUUGUAAGGUCUGCUUUUGUCCAGUAUUCUUUGACAAAUAUCAUUUUAUAAAUACAUGUGUAGGUAAAGAGCUGUUCUACUUCUUCAGAAUUAAUAAAAGAAUAAAUGCAAUCAAAUCAAAGGUAUGAUGCAUUUAGUCUUUGAUGAAACGACUGAAAUGAAAUCAGUGUUGAAUGAUGAUGUACCCCUGUUUGGUAAUCUUGAAGCUAACACUAGAAUAUUGGAUUACUAAACGUGGAUUGUGAAAAAAACAAAAUGUGGCUGUAUCACAAUGUAAAUAUUUAACUGUGCCAUUUCUUCCCACUCUUUCUUUUUUUUCUCCCUAAUUUCACAUUUGCAUAAAAACAUUAUGCCGGACAAAAGUUUUUAUGCCGUCAUGUAGUAGUUGGUGCAAACAUAAAUCUACCGACAGUAGCAUGACAUUCUUGGACACCUCCUUGCUCCUCACUAUGUUUCCUAUCACAACUGUAAAAUAAAAGGAAAAUGCAUCAAAA